AUGAUGAGCUGUCCAAAUAUCCGAAAAUAUAGUAUUGAUUUAUUAUAUCUUGCUCGAGAAGGAAAAUUAAAUAAUGUUCUUGGUCAUGAUAGUGAAAUUCGACAAUGUAUUCAAAUUUUAAUACAAAAAAGAAAAAAUAAUUUUUUUCUAAUUGAAGAUUCACGUGUUACAGAAACAACUAUUCUUGGUGGUUUAGCACAACGUAUUGUUGAUCAAAAAGUUCCUGAUAUAAUGCCAAGACGUUUAUUUGCAUUAAAUAUGCAAGCAUUAAUUACUGAUACAACUAGUCGUAACGAACUUGAAAAAAGUCUUCGAUUUAUUUUAAAAGAUAUUAAAAAUUUAACUGAUGUAAAAAAUAUAAUAAAUUUACUGAAACUUCUAUUUGAUCAUGAUAAACUUCAUUGUAUUAUUGGCACAAGAACAUUGAGCGAAUAUAGAAAAUAUAAUGAAACAAAUUCGAUAUUUGAAAAAUAUUUUCAAUAUGUUUUAGUUAAAGAAACAUCAGUUAAUGAUUGUAUUUUAAUUUUACGUGGUGUUAAACUUUUAAUCCUUGAUUUAGCUUUAGUUACUGCUGCUGGAUUAACUAAUCGUUAUAUACCAAACCCAUAUUCACCAGAGAAAACAAUUGGUCCAAAUAGUGUUGGUAAAACUGAAUUAGCAAAAACUUUAGCAUUAGAAUUAUUUGAUUCAACAGAAAAACUGAUUUCUAUUGAUAUGAAUAAAUAUACUACAUCUAAUUCAAUUGCUCAAUUAUUUGAUUCAUCUUUUGGUAAGGAUAGUUUUUCAAUUUCGGAGUUAUUUGAUUUUGUUGAUUUUAAACAAAAUGAUCAAUUAUUAGAAGGUAUGCGACAACAACCAUAUGCUGUAAUUUUAUUUAAUCAAAUUGAAAAAGUUCAUCCACAAUUUUGGAAUAAUUUAUCUCAAGUUUUGGAUCAUAAUCAUUCUUUGAAUGAGAAACAUGUAAAUGUUGAUUUAACAAACACAAUUCUUAUAUUUAAAUCAAAUGUAGUCGCACAAAUUACUUUAAAAAAAAUUGAAAACUUCUUAUUAACCAACGUUAAAUUUGAUGGAAAAAUUUCUCAAACAAUAAAAGAUUUUGUGAUAAAAAACGUCGUUUCACAUUUUCCAGAAAACUUUAUCCGUCAUGUAAAUGAUAUUGUAUUUUUUCAACCUCUUACUUAUAAUCAACUUUCUUCUGUUAUUCAACUGCAAGUGAUAUCAAUUGAAGAAAGAUUUAAAGAAAAAAAUAUUAAAAUCAGUUUAACAAAUAAAGCUAUUCAAUCGAUUCUUCAAAAAUCUUACAAACUAUUUUCGGGUUUUAGUCCAGUUAAAGAUCAUAUUGAAAAACAUAUUACAUCUUAUCUGUCAACAGUCGUAUCACCUGGUCAUAUUAGAAUCGAUACUGAUGUUAAUGAUCAAUAUCAAUUAUCUAUUGAACAAUGA